AUGGGUUUUUUUGGAACUUCAAAAGAGGAAGAAUCUAAGCUUAGACAAGCAGUCUUAACAACUUCUGACACAAGACAGUCAUUUUCAUCCAACACAGAGUCAUCUGUUUACGAAACUGCUGAUGAGAUGGACAGUCAAGUGUCACCAAAUAUUGACGAUGUCGAUCAGGAAAAAGACAUUGAAGCAGUCAAUGCUAAUGAAAUCAACCACAAUGAGAACUCAGGUGCUACCAAUGCCAUUUCUCAAGGAGAUGACGACAGUACCGUACAAGAUCACGAAUAUAGUGUGAAUCAAAUAAGUGAUUCAAACGAAGAUUCCGAUGGCUCCAUUCCAAUGAAUUUUUCUGGUGUUGAUGGCGACAAAGAAGAAGAAGAAGAAGAAGAAGAAGAAGAAGAAGAAAACAGAUUGAACAGAGAAUAUACAAUUGAGAGAAUCAAGUCUCAUAAAUCGCUUGAGGCUGCUGCUGAAGAGCAGAUCAAAGAAGAAGAAUCGUUAAUUCAUCCCCAUUCUUCAACUAGUACUACGUUUGACAAAGAAAAGAUCUAUACUGUUGAUGAGUUGCUGUAUGAUGGACCAGAUGAUAAAGACAAUCCACAUAAUUGGCCAAAAUGGAAAAAAUGGAUGAUCACGUACACAGCAGCUAUUUUAUGUCUUGUGUGUUCUUUGGGUUCUUCAAUGUACACCGGUAGUGUUCCAGAAAUAAUGGUGAGAUUUGGUGCCUCACAAGAAUUGUGUCUUGCUGGGCUUACAUUUUACUUACUUGGAUUAGCAUUUGGUCCAGCUUUAUCUGGUCCUUUAUCUGAAGUAUUUGGUCGUAAGCCAUUGUACAUGUUUUCCUUACCAAUUGCGAUGCUAUUUACCAUGGGUGUUGGAUUAGCAAAAAACGUCCGAACUAUUUUGGUGUUGCGUUUCUUUUGUGGGUUUUUUUCCAGUCCAGCUUUAGCGGUGGCAAGUGGUACGAUUUCCGACUGCUGGGCCAUCAACCCUGCGGAACAAUCCUUUGCUGUUGCCUUAUUCUGUUUAUGUCCCUUCUUGGGUCCAGUUUUAGGACCAAUUAUUGGUGGGUUUGCUAGUGAACAUAAAGGUUGGCAGUGGGCCUCUGCUUGGGUGUUAUUGAUGUUUUUCGGUGCCGUGUGGCCAUUCACCAUCAUUCUUCCUGAGACUUAUAAGCCUAUCAUUUUAGCAAGAAAGGCACAGAAGAAAGGCAUGAAAGUGGAAGUGCCAAAAUUGAAUAUUGCUUUUGUUAAGAAAGUUAUCAAAUUCAACUUGUUUAUGCCUUUGAAGUUGCUCAUUGAAGAGCCAAUUGUGCUAGUAUUGUCGGUGUAUAUUUCAUUUAUAUUUGCUGUCUUGUUUGGGUUCUUUGAGGCUUUCCCAGUCAUUUUUAGAGGAGUUUAUCAUAUGGAUCUUGGUAUUUCUGGGUUGCCUUUCAUUUCAGUUGGAAUUGGUUUGUUCCUUGGAGUGAUGACGUAUGUCAUUUUGGACAAAACCAUUUUCUUCCCAAAGAAUCCAGAUGGAUCUCGUGGUAAACGUGAUGCUGACGGUAACUUUAUUUGGGGUGUACCAGAGGAAAAGUUGUUAAACGGUAAAAUUGGAGCACCAUUCUUGCCAAUUGCAUUGUUUUGGUUGGGAUGGAGUGGUAGAAACGACUCGGUUCAUUGGAUGGCACCAACAGCUAGUGGCGUGUUUUUUGGAUAUGGGUUAAUCUUGGUGUUUUUCUCAGUCGUUCUGUACUUUUCCAUGUCAUUCCCUCCGAUUUACGUUGCCUCUGCCAUUGCAGCCAAUAAUUUAUUGAGAUACACAUUGGCAUCUGUGUUUCCUCUUUUCACAGUGCAGUGUUUUGAGAAUUUGGGAAUAGGUUGGGCAGGAUCUCUUUUUGCAUUUAUUGCCUUAGUAAUGGUUCCCGUCCCAUACGUGUUUGGAUACUUUGGUCCAUAUCUUAGAGCAAGAAGUAAGUUUGGUUAUGCUGCUUAUUUCAAGAAAUUAGAAGAACAAAAGGAAUUACAGGCUGCUGCUGAUGCCGAAAGGAAAAAGGCAAGUAAUAAACAAGAACAAUCUGUUAAUAGUUCAGCUGAUGAAGUUGAAAUGACUUUAGAAUCUGAAAAGGCUGUUGCUGAAAAAGUGUGA